GGUAGACCGAAAUAUAUUUUGCCUCAAGAACAACUGGAAUUUCUGGUAGAACGGCGGUUUAGUGUUCCUCAGAUAUCAAAACUCUUGGGAGUUAGUCCUCGAACAGUAGAAAGACGCCUGUCAGAGCAUAGGUUGAGCAUUCGAGAGAUGUACACCGACAUGAAUGACACUGAUCUAGAUGGCCUGGUUAGGUGCAUACUACGGGAGUUUCCUAAUGCUGGUUACAAGAGAAUGACUGGCUUCUUACUUGCUCGAGGAAUACGACUUCAGCAAAGUAGGAUACGGUCUGCUAUGCAACGAGUCAACCCCGAGGGCUGUCUCUUGAGAUCACUGGAGUUGAACGUAUUGCACCGCCGCAGUUACCAGGUGUACGGACCCUUGGCACUGUGGCACUUAGACGGAAACCACAAAUUAAUAAGGUAAUGUACAAAGUGUUUAGAGAAUGCUAUUAUACCUUGCGAUAGCUCAAAAUUAAAAACAAACUCGAUGUCCUAAAAAAAAAAAGUAAAUAAGUUUAAGUAUUAAAACUUUCCUAUGCUGCAUGUAUACUCCCCAGAUGGAGAAUUGUCAUUCACGGCGGCAUUGAUGGAUACCCAGAAUGAUUGUUUUUCUUCAAGCUGCCACCAACAACAAAGCCUUGACUGUUUUUCAGUGGUUCCAGUCAGCAGUGCAAACUUACGGCCUUCCAUCACGUGUAAGGACGGACAAAGGUGGCGAGAAUGUGGAAGUAGCAUGGUUCAUGUUAAACCAUCCUUUGCGUGGCCCAAAUCGUGGCAGCCACAUAACGGGAAGAAGUGUGCAUAACCAACGAAUCGAGCGUUUGUGGAGGGAUGUGUUCUUGGGUUGUACAUACCUGUUUUACUAUCUGUUUUAUUAUAUGGAGAACUGUGGUAUUCUAGACCCUGAUAAUGAAGUUCACCUAUUUGCCUUGCAUUAUGUCUACUUACCACGAAUACAAAGAAAUUUGGAUCUGUUUACUGCUGGUCACAACAGGGGCCCACUGAGCACGGAGCACAACGCCUCACCUGAGCAGUUGUUUAUUCAAGGCAUGUUAUCAGUAGCAAACAGUGAGCAG